CUGUGAUUUGUUCUUCCGGCUACACAGACAGCCAAGGAUUGAGACUGAAUCCCCUACAGGGACCCUGGAACCCACUUGGGGGGAGGGAAACCGGAGAGAAAGGCUGGAGGUUUAUCAGCUGGUGACGUGGGCCUUGCAAUGGUUGAUUACGGAAGGUGUGGUGUGAACUUUUGCUGAUGUUGGAAGGUACACAAAGCGGUGGAGUUUUUAGCACUCCCCCGUUCUCCGCAAGGAAAUGGCCUCCCUGUGCCUUCUGCUGCUGCUACUGUGGGCCCCUGGGGGGUCCCUGGUUAUUGCAGAAAAGGACAUCCAACAGAUUAAGGCUGUGUUCGAUAGGGAGUAUAAACAAUAUGUAAACAGUGAACUCCAGUAUAUAUAUACCUUUAACCACACGUUGCUCAGGAACAAGACAGAAGGAGUCAGAGUGUCUGUUAACAUGUUAUCUGAUCAGAAAGUGACGCCUUUACUGGUCGUGGUGAGGCAGAAGGAGGCUGUGCUGUCUUUUCAAGCUCCACUCACUCUCCGGGGACUGUAUCAACGUAACUAUCUGUACAAAGAUGUUGGCCGCACGUUGUGUCAGCCUCCGACAAAAGCGGAAUCUGUGACCCAGUACUUCUAUGUGGACGUAUCCACUCUGUCGGAAAAGAACACAACGUAUCGUCUGAGCGUCACACACCUUGAUAACUUUGUACUGUGGACAGAAGAACGAUUCACCUUUAACGCCACUCCUUCUCAGCCACAGUAUUUCAAGUAUGUGUUUAAAGAAGGGGUGGAUUCUGUGAUUGUGAAGGUGUCCUCUCCUAUGGUAUUCCCGUGCUCCGUCAUCUCAAUACAGGAUAUCCAGUGCCCAGUGUAUGACCUCGAUAACAAUGUGGCCUUUAUCGGCAUGUACCAGACGAUGACCAAGAAAGCCGCCAUUACUGUACAGAGGAAGGAUUUUGCCAGCGGUAGCUUCUAUGUUGUGGUGGUGGUUAAGUCUGAAGAUGAAGCCUGUGGUGGUGGCCUUCCUUACUAUCCGUUAAACCCAGAUACGCCGAUGGAUCACGGGACUCGUGAGAAGACGCUUGAAGUUCUGAUCAGCCCUGCAAUUGGCAAGGAGACCUACAUCGGAGGAAUUAUGUUCUGUUUUGGUGUGUUCAUGUCCUUCUACUUAUUGGCUUUGUUCAUACCCUGCUGGGAGAAAUGGAGAAAGGGGAGAAAAGAAGCCGGACUGCUGAGCUCUGUGGGAUCGAUAAACGAUGAAACCGCAUCGCUGCUCGGAAAGUCAUCCGGCCAGAAGUAUGACGGCUGUGGAUACGGAUCCUUGGCAGAACACAGUUCAGUAGUGAGUCCUGAAGAUUGUACAGACAGCCUUGUGUCUUCAGGGGAUGCAUCGUACAGUUACACAGGUCAGGAGCAUUUCAAACGGCGGCCCAUGUACACAAUAUACCGGCCCUUGAAUUCACAAAGUGAACGGCCUUUGGAUAACUUUGUUUCCCGUCCCCGUCUGGAGUCCCUCAGUUCUGUGGAGGAAGACGAUUACGACACACUGACUGACAUAGAGUCGGAUAAGAAUGUUAUCAGGACAAAGAAAUUUCUGUGCGUUGCUGAUCUGGCACGAAAAGACAAGCGUGUGAUGAGAAAGAAGUAUCAGAUCUACUUCUGGAAUAUAUUCACUAUUGCAGUGUUCUACUCGCUUCCCGUUGUGCAGCUCGUCAUUACCUAUCAGACGGUUGUGAAUGUAACUGGCAAUCAGGACAUCUGCUACUACAACUUCCUCUGUGCUCAUCCUCUUGGAUCCCUCAGUGCCUUCAACAACAUCCUUAGUAAUCUGGGAUACGUACUGCUGGGGCUACUCUUCCUCAUCAUCGUAUUGCAGAGAGAGCUGAGCCAUAACCGCGGCCGCAUGUUUAACCGGGACCAUCUGGAGGAAUGUGGGAUCCCCAAACAUUUUGGUCUGUUCUAUGCCAUGGGCACGGCUCUUAUGAUGGAGGGUCUGCUGAGUGCCUGUUAUCACGUGUGCCCAAACUACACCAAUUUCCAAUUCGACACUUCCUUUAUGUACAUGAUUGCUGGACUCUGUAUGCUGAAGUUGUAUCAGAAAAGACACCCAGAUAUUAACGCCAGUGCGUACAGUGCCUACGCGUGCCUCGCUAUUGUCAUAUUCUUCUCCGUCCUCGGCGUGGUGUUUGGGAAAGGAAAUAUGGUGUUUUGGAUCAUAUUUUCAGUGAUUCACAUCUUGUUCACUAUGCUCCUGAGUACUCAGCUCUACUACAUGGGUCGCUGGAGACUAGAUUCUGGAAUCUUCCGACGCAUCCUACAGGUUUUGUACACCGACUGUGUGAGGCAGUGCAGCCCCCCUAUGUAUGUGGAUCGCAUGGUACUUCUUGUGAUGGGAAACAUUGUGAACUGGUCCUUGGCGGCUUACGGGCUCAUAUUCCGACCCAAUGACUUUGCUUCCUAUCUCCUCGCCAUUGGGAUCUGCAACUUGCUUCUGUAUUUUGCCUUCUACAUCAUAAUGAAGCUGCGCAGUGGAGAACGAUUACUACCGGUCCCUCUCCUUUGCAUCGCCUGCACGUCUGUGGUUUGGGGAUUUGCCUUGUACUUCUUCUUCCAAGGACUGAGCACCUGGCAGAAAACUCCAGCUGAAUCACGAGAGCACAACAGGGACUGCAUCUUGCUUGGAUUCUUCGAUGAUCAUGAUAUCUGGCAUUUCCUAUCUUCCAUUGCAAUGUUCGGGUCCUUCCUAGUUUUGUUGUGUCUCGAUGACGAUUUGGACUGUGUACAGAGAGACAAGAUUUAUGUGUUUUGAGCUCUGCUCGAAUGGAUCAGCACUAAUCAUACACAGUGGAACACACUGGAACAGUCGCCAAAUCCACUGCUUUUCGUGUAUCUGCGAGGCUUGAAACUUGCUGGCAGUGCUCUGGAUUAUACAGAACCAGAGACCCGAAUGCAAACAUCUGCAGCUAGACAAGCUGACCGGCAGAAGAACCACUGAACUAUCCGUCCUGGUGGCCUCAUUCAAAGUCGGCCUUUGUCGUUUAAACUGUCUUUAAAUUUAUUUAAAUAGUUUUUGUUUGUUUUUACUUUUUAUUGCUACACAGAAGGAGAUCAGUUGCACUGAGUUUGGUGUGCGCUAUGUGCAUAUAAAUGACCUGCUGAGAUACCAUCUUUGAAUGUACUAACUGCCACCUCGUUGGCCAGGAGGUGUCGCUAUUGCCCUUGUUGCCAGUUGUCUCCAAUCCUGGGUCAGAAGGACCUCCAGUCAUAUAUAAGGAUGUUUGUUACACGUGUUCGUUUCCUGGAGGAGGUAGUUCUGGUUUCAGAAGGUAAUUAGCCAUUUACCAAUAGUCCUCGUGAGCUUAAUAUAACAUGAACUUCUAGUUUGAGUAAAAAGGUAACAUUGCAAAAGUUCCAUGUCGCCAGUAGGACACAUUAAGAUACAAGUUAAAGAGUUUACACCAGAUGAAGUUCAUGAGUUAAGUUUCCCAUUAAAUGUGAUCGGAAUAGGUUGGUGACGGAAGGAACGGCUGCACAGCCUCAAUGUCUGUAAAUUGCCACAUUGUAUUUGUUGCCAAUUGACCCUUUGAUGUCCAUUGCCAAGGUAAUGCCCCUUUGGGUACAGGGUGUGUACACUUUCCCUCUUCUAUUACCUGUGCCAUCCUUCCCAUCCGUAGCAUCGCUGCGUGUUUUACAUUUGAUUUCAGUGUAUUCUGAUCAGUUUGUUUUAUGUUUGAGACAAUAAAGUCUUUUGAUUUUUCA